CGUGAAGCCUCGCGCGGGGAAGGACCGGAACUCCGGGCGGGUGGCUUGUUGAUAAUAUGGCGGCAGGAGCUGCCUGGGCAUCCCGAGGAGGCGGUGGGACCCACUCCCGGAAGAAAGGUCUCUUUUCGGGCUAGUGCGGCGGUCCCUGCGGACCCGGAAGUCCGGGCCAGUUGCUGAAUGAGGGGAGCCGGGCCCUCCCCGCGACAGUCCCCCCGCACCCUCCGCCCCGACCCGGGCCCCGCCAUGUCCUUCUUCCGGCGGAAAGUGAAAGGCAAAGAACAAGAGAAGACCUCAGAUGUCAAGCCCAUUAAAGCUUCGAUACCUGUACAUUCCCCACAAAAGAACACUAAAAAUCAUGCCUUACUGGAGGCUGCAGGACCAAGUCAUGUUGCAAUCAAUGCCAUUUCUGCCAAUAUGGACUCCUUUUCAAGUAGCAGGACGGCAACACUUAAGAAGCAGCCAAGCCACAUGGAGGCUGCUCAUUUUGGUGACCUGGGCAGAUCUUGUCUGGACUACCAGACUCAAGAGACCAAAUCAAGUCUUUCAAAGACCCUUGAACAAGUCUUGCAUGAUACUGUUGUCCUCCCUUAUUUCAUUCAAUUCAUGGAACUUCGGAGAAUGGAGCAUUUGGUUAAAUUUUGGUUAGAGGCCGAAAGUUUUCACUCUACAACUUGGUCACGAAUAAGAGCACACAGUCUGAACACAGUGAAGCAGAGCUCACUGGCUGAGCCUGUCUCUCCAUCUAAAAAGCACGAAACUACAGCCUCUUUUGUAACCGAGUCUCUUGAUAAGAGAUUGGAGGAUUCUAGCUCAGCCCAAUUGCUUAUGACUCAAUCAGAAGGAAUUGACCGGAAUAAUAGAACUAACAACACUCAGAAUCACUUGCUGCUUUCCCAGGAAUGUGACAGUGCCCAUUCUCUCCAUCUUGAAAUGGCCAGAGCAGGAACUCAUCAAGUUUCCAUGGAAACCCAAGAAUCCUCCUCCAGAUUUAUAGUAGCCAGUAGAAAUAACCCCGCUUCUCCACUAAAGGAAUUAUCAGGAAAACUAAUGAAAAGUAUAGAACAAGAUGCAGUGAAUACUUUUACCAAAUAUAUAUCUCCAGAUGCUGCUAAACCAAUACCAAUUACAGAAGCAAUGAGAAAUGACAUCAUAGCAAAGAUUUGUGGAGAAGAUGGACAAGUAGAUCCCAACUGCUUUGUUUUGGCACAGUCCAUAGUCUUUAGUGCAAUGGAGCAAGAGCACUUUAGUGAGUUUCUGCGAAGUCACCAUUUCUGUAAAUACCAGAUUGAAGUGCUGACCAGUGGAACUGUUUACCUGGCUGACAUUCUCUUCUGUGAGUCAGCCCUCUUUUAUUUCUCUGAGUACAUGGAAAAAGAGGAUGCAGUGAAUAUUUUGCAAUUCUGGUUGGCAGCAGAUAACUUCCAGUCUCAGCUUGCUGCCAAAAAGGGCCAAUAUGAUGGCCAGGAGGCACAGAACGAUGCCAUGAUUUUAUAUGACAAGUACUUCUCCCUCCAAGCCACACAUCCUCUUGGAUUUGAUGAUGUUGUACGAUUAGAAAUUGAAUCCAAUAUCUGCAGGGAAGGGGGGCCUCUCCCUAACUGUUUCACAACUCCAUUACGUCAGGCCUGGACGACCAUGGAGAAGGUCUUUUUGCCUGGCUUUUUGUCCAGCAAUCUUUAUUAUAAAUAUUUGAAUGAUCUCAUCCAUUCAGUUCGAGGAGAUGAGUUUCUGGGAGGGAAUGUUCCACUGGCUGCUCAUGGCGCCGUUGGCCCUCCUGACGAGUCUCACGCAGGCGGUUCUGACAGCUCUGCUUCUCAGUCCAGUGUGAAAAAAGCCAGUAUUAAAAUAUUGAAAAAUUUUGAUGAAGCGAUAAUUGUGGAUGCUGCAAGUUUGGAUCCAGAAUCUUUAUAUCAACGGACAUACGCAGGGAAGAUGACAUUUGGAAGAGUCAGUGACUUGGGGCAAUUCAUCCGAGAAUCUGAGCCUGAACCUGAUGUAAAGAAAUCAAAAGGAUCUAUGUUCUCACAAGCUAUGAAGAAAUGGGUGCAAGGAAAUACUGAUGAGGCCCAAGAAGAGCUAGCUUGGAAGAUUGCUAAAAUGAUAGUCAGUGAUGUUAUGCAGCAGGCACAGUAUGAUCAACCAUUAGAGAAAUCUACAAAGCUAUGACUCGACAUGAGAUAAAGGAAAUCUACUUUUGAAACAUAAGAGAACUUUUCCCCUUGGUUGGAUUCUUCAACACAGCCAAUGAAAAUAGAGCACUGUAUUUCUUUUCACUGAUAUAUCACUGUUGUUUCCAAGAAAAAAUGAGAGACAAUCCUAGACUUCCACCAUAGUGCAGAGUUAUGUGUAGACAUGAUUGACGCACAUGAUGUUCACACAGUGACUGCCAUGAAGAUACAAAGUGGUAUUGUUUACAUUAUUAGAAAAUUAUUAGUUCUCCAAUGGCAAUAACCCAUUCAUGAGAGCGUUUUAGCCCACUGGAAUAGACGGGGACCACGUCCUGUGGGAGGCAUAUUAGCGUAGAGCUGAUGCUGAUGCACAUUCUUGCAGUGGUCAUGCGUCCCUGACGGCAUCACAGAGCAGGUGCUUAGGUGCUUUGCUUUUCCUCCCAAAACAAACAGGUGAGGCGGCACCACUGACAGCCAGGAAGCUCCGAAUGGCAGUGUGGUGCUAGCAGCUUGUUUUUCAAUAGAACAGGGUGACAGUUCAUUGUGCAGUCUUCCUUCACAGAGGCAUUAAUUUGGGAAGGAAGCUGACAGGUCAUGGGUCAAGUCUCAGUGACAUUGUCCUUCCUUUGAUGGCAGUGUACACUUUUUGCAUUUUAAUUGUUCCUGAGAUGCAGUAUAUUUAAAACUAGUCUCUCCCUGCUAACAAAAAGGUGAAUCUAGUUUACUUUUGAGCAUUAGAAUUUGCUCCCUGGAAUUCUGUGCUCCGGUUACUUAACUUUCCCUUUAGAAUAUACAUGGAAAGAAAGAAAUAACGAUCACUCCAGUUUUUCUCUUGAACAAGAUGGUUCUUCCCAGAUUGUGCUGUUUUGUUUUGUUUUGUUUUUAAUGAAGUGGGCAGGGUGGGUGGGGGGAGAGAAGCUCUCAACUUUGUUUGACUGCCUCCCCCUGUCCUUUGCUGUGACCUGGGAAGUGUGCAGUGGGUGGCCUUCUUUCUUGUCUUUAGGGCAGUAAGAGACUCACUCACUGCACUUCUGCUGCGUGGGGACCACACGGCUGUCAGCAGGGAUGCCCAGUUGGCAAGCACACUCCACUGGCCACGUGGUGCUAAUGUUUCCUCGACGCACGUGACUAUUUGAGAGGAAAGGAAGUUCUCUUAGGUGUUACUGCUUUUGCUCAGACUUUGCAAAAAAAAAGCUAUAUAUAUAUAUAAAAAUAUAGAAUUAUUAAUCACCUUUGUCCUUGAGAAAGUCUUGAAUGAAUAGAAAUUUAUUCCAUUGCAAUAUUUGAUUGUAGGCACGCUGUUUCAUCAACAGAAGCAAAAAGGCUGUGUAUAAGUUUUUGGUACUAUGUACCACCUCUUAUUCUUCUAAAGCUGAAGUAUUCAUGUACUUAAACCAUAUUCUAUUUAAUUGUGUUUGAUUUAAAAAUAUAUAUAUGAAUUAUAUUUAAAGUUGUGUCAACUUUCUGCUUUCAGGGCAUUUAUGGCUCUUUUGUUGAAAUAUAUUGAUCCUUCCAAAUGUUUCCAUUUGCUUUACAAAAACCCCGAACAUAAGCCACUGCUGGACUUAGCCUUGUGUUUGGAAUGUGUGGUGUAGACCCGAGGUUUUUAUUAGGUGUAUAUGCUGUGAUUGAUUGAUUCUGUUCUUUUAACAAAAUAUUUCCAUCCAUUUCACAUUGUUUCAAUCUUUAAAUAACAGAAAAGCAAUAUAAAAGUUAUAGAAUAAAAUGUGGUUUUGGG